GAAAAAAAACAAUCCCCAAUCCCUCCGCCCGCCCGCCCACCCACCACUGCUCCCCCACCUCGUUCUCCCCUCCCAGAUCUGCCGGGCACGGCCCUCGCCGGCGGCGUUGGGUCCGCGAUGCCUCGGACGGCGCGGGGGGCCUCGCCCCUGCUCCGCGACCACGCCGACGCCCUCAACGUCCCCUCCGCCCGCUGCUGCUCCCACCGCCUCAAGCCCUGGUCUUGGCACCCCAAUAUCCAUUCUUCCUAGCGCGCCGUCCCCUUCCUCCCCUCUCUUCCCUUCCCCUUCCUCUUUACUCUCGUAGCUGGACUUUUCUGGUUCUCGUCAGUCUUCACUGCCGUGCCUCUGGUUGUGGGAUUGGAUCGCCGGCGCUGGGACCGGGGUCUGUAGCUUGUGCUUGCUGUUCUAGGAAGCUGGUUUCUUGAUGGAUGGUCAAUCCUGUGAUCUUGGGAGUGUGCCAGCAGUGGCAUCUCAUGGUACGGGUACCUCUUCCGUUGUCGCCGGAGGCGCCGACAUUUCUCCAGGGAAACAGUCUGCCCUGGAUGGAGCUUCGCGGCAGGGGGAGGAUGCCGAUUGUUCAUCGGAGGCUGGAAUGUGUGCGGGUUUCUCCAAGUCGGCCAGCUCAGGGAUGAAGAAAGAUCUCCAGAAGUGCGCAACGUUUCCGUCAUCUGCCGUCGAGGCAGAACAGGACGACUCAUGUUGUGCCGCCGAUGACGAUGCGCUGCCGAAGGAUGCGCACACUUACCAGCGCUCUGUUUCCUUGCCUUCAACUGUGAAGCUCAUCCCUGCUAUCAAAGGAAGCCGCCAAAAGAAUGGGAUUCCUUUACCAGCAGAGGAUCGCCACAUCAAAUGGGCGGCCGACGUGUAUGACCCCCCUGUUUCAUCCGUUUCUCAUUCUGUGAACAACGGUUACCAGCGGCGGCCCAAGCCCCGUAAGAAGGACAAGAGCAAACAGAAAGAGAAGCGGAAGGCCAGGAACAAGAAAAAAACCAAUAAUGCUGCCCAGAAUCCGGCUGUGCUCCAGACUCCCGGACUGGAAGACCUUGGCACCUCCAUUGGUAGUGAGGCCCCAGCUGAUCCUGGCAAGCUUGAGACCGAGAUGUUGGACUAUGGCAUCAGCAGCCAAGAGGCCAAAUGCGGAAGCAGCUUCCUGCUCGAGACGGCUGCUAAGAUGCAUUUCUCCACCGCUGAGGCCUCCUGAAACGCCCGCGGGAGACUCCAGACUCUGCAGUAGCAUCUCUGUUAUGUAAAUAGGAUGGCUGUACAUAAAUAAAU